GCGGGAGCUUUGGCCACUGGCUGCGCUUGGCCAGGUCUUGGGAAAGGCUCUCCAGUCUCGGCACACGUCACACACACACAGACACAGACACAGACACACAGACACGCCACCUUCAGCCCAGCCCUUACAACUCCUCCAAGCGCGCCUGCAAGCGCUCCCACGCUCGCUCCAGCUCAGGACUCGUCUGCCUGGAGAUCGACUGCGCCCAGGGACCCCUGACGCCUUCCCAUGGCCGACUUGAGCUUCAUCGAGGAUUCGGUGGCCUUCCCGGAGAAGGAGGAGGACGAGGAGGAGGAAGAGGAGGGCGUGGAGUGGGGCUACGAGGAAGGUGUUGAGUGGGGCUUGGUGUUUCCUGAUGCCAAUGGGGAAUAUCAGUCUCCCAUUAAUCUAAACUCAAGAGAAGCUAGGUAUGAUCCCUCACUGCUGGAUGUCCGUUUGUCACCAAACUAUGUGGUCUGCAGAGACUGUGAAGUCACAAAUGAUGGGCACACCAUUCAGGUGAUCCUGAAGUCAAAAUCAGUUCUUUCAGGAGGUCCAUUCCCUCAAGGGCAUGAAUAUGAACUAUAUGAAGUUCGAUUUCACUGGGGAAGAGAAAAUCAACGUGGCUCUGAGCACACAGUUAAUUUCAAGGCUUUUCCCAUGGAGCUACAUCUGAUACACUGGAACUCCACUCUAUUCAGCAGUAUUGAUGAAGCCGUAGGGAAGCCACAUGGAAUUGCCAUCAUCGCUCUUUUUGUUCAGAUAGGAAAGGAACAUGUAGGCCUGAAAGCUGUGACUGAAAUCCUCCAGGAUAUCCAGUAUAAGGGGAAGUCCAAAACAAUUCCAUGUUUUAAUCCUAACACUUUAUUACCAGAUCCUCUGCUGAGGGAUUAUUGGGUCUAUGAAGGCUCUCUGACCAUUCCACCUUGCAGUGAAGGUGUUACCUGGAUAUUGUUUCGAUACCCUUUAACCAUAUCUCAGUUACAGAUUGAAGAAUUUCGAAGGCUGAGGACACAUGUUAAGGGGGCUGAACUCGUGGAAGGCUGUGAUGGGAUUUUGGGAGACAAUUUUAGACCCACCCAGCCACUUAGUGACAGAGUGAUUAGAGCUGCAUUUCAGUAGCCAGAGAAAAGGAAAAU